AUGGAUCCUAAUCAUUUUCAUUAUCAACAAGCUAUGUUCAAUUACAUGUCAAAUUAUCAAAAUCUUAAUCCUCAAAAUUCUCAAUUUCCAUCUGUGCCAACAAACCCCGCCAUAUUUUUUCCGGAAACACCGAUUGGGUUUAUGUCCGGAUGUCAAGUUCCACCAGUUUCUACUCAAGUUGGUACUGAAAAAGAAGAAAGGGAUCCAAUUGUGGGAGUUGAUCAAAAAGCUGAGAGUUUUUGGUUAAGAAUCGCUGCCAAUUAUAACCAGUAUUGUGGGCAAUUGCGGGAAAAGUUAGGCGGGCAAUUAAAAUGUCGAUGGCAUCGAAUAAAUGGCUUGGUUCAAAAAUUUGUUGAGUGUUACAAACAAGCUGUUAAUGGAAAAAAAAGUGGGACAUCGGAGAACGAUAUCAUGGUUGAUGCACAUGCUUUUUUUGCUCAGGAUGAAGGUACAACAUUCAAUCUUGAGUAUGUAUGGCGAUUGUUAAAAGAUGAACCUAAAUGGAUGGGAGAAUCGAUUGGAAAUUCUUCAAAAAUUACAAAGAGCUCUGCUAGUGGGGCAUCAUCGGAUAACCCAAAUACACCUUCAAGUUAUGAGUUUAACUCAUCAUCACCAAUGGAGCGUCCAAUGGGACAAAAAGCAGCAAAAAGGAAGGGUAAGGCAAAGGAAAUUCCAAAUGCAAUGCAAGAUGCAAGGAUUAAAAGAGCAGCAGCAAUGGAAAGACUAGCUCAAUGUAAGGAGGACGAGCUAGAACUAAAGGCAAUGAAUAUCAUCAUGAAAGACACUUCUACUAUGAAUGAUAAUCAACGAGAUAUUCAUGAAAAAUAUUGUAAUAAGAUGGAAAAAAUGGAAUGUAGUUAG